UUUUUUUUUUGGCUUCUUACCACAAUGAGCAUACCAAAAUUCACGCUCCCCCCCAUUUACGACACGCCGGAGUCCCCCUGGGGCCCGCCCCCGCUGUCCUCCCUUCCCUCGUCGCUCACCGACGUCCCUUACGCGCCCUACUCCAAGUCUGACAAACUCGGGCGGUUCGCCGACUGGAACGCCUCGUCGCCUGUGCAGACGGCGCCGCAGCCCCAGGCGAAGCGCGCGCAGGCCUACGGGAGCGGGACCGCCAGUGCGUUUGCGUAUUUCCAUGCGGACGACGAGGCGAGUUUCUCGUUGGUGGACAAUACGGCGGGGAAGAGUGGGGGCGUUGUUGGGCGGGGACGGGGGGCGGCGAGGGGCGGCGCUGGGAGGGGUGGGGGCAGGGGCGGAGCGGGAAGAGGAGGAGGAGGGCAGGUGCAGCAGGGCGGCGGGAGGGGCGGUGGCGGGAGGAGGAACUGGAGGGAUUGGGAGAAGAAUAAUCGGGCAAGGGAGAGUAGUGUUUUGAUUAGCCCGAAUUGGGAGUUGAAAGAGGAGAUUGAGUUUCAUAGGCUUGCAAAGUUGAGGUUGGAUGUUGAUGAGCCUGAGGAUAUUUCUUCAUACGGCCGUCUAUACGCCUAUGACAAAACCUACGACCGGAUAACGACCAAAACGGAACGGCCCCUCCAGAUCCUCGACAGGCUGAAAUACAACCCCACCACGUCCGACGACCCCGUGAUCCAAUCCCUGCGCGCGAACCAGCCCCCCAACACUGUGCGGAUCUACACCACAGACACGAUCCUCUCCGUGCUCAUGUGCGCCACUCGGUCCGUCUACCCCUGGGACAUCGUCAUCUUGCGCACCCCCGACGCCCUCUUCCUCGAUAAACGCGAUGGGGGCCCCUUUGACACCGUCACCGUCAACGAGAAUGCCACGGACCCCCCCUCGGCCGACUCCCAGCCCUCCAUCAACACCCCGAUCAACUUGAGUCUCGAGGCGACGUUUAUAAACCAGAAUUUCGGCUUCCAGAGCGUGGACGAGAGGAAACACGUGGAUCUGGGCCACCCGAAUCCAUUUCAUCCCCCGGAGGAGGGCGAGCCGCUCGCGUCGUGUGGGUAUAGGUACAGGGAGUUUGAUUUGGGGAUCACGGACGAGGAGGAUGUGAAGAUCGUGGUGCGGACAGAGGUGGAUGCGGUCCUGCCUGGAGGCGGGUACGCGACGAUUCGCGCGCUGAAUGAGUACGAGCCGAAAGCGUGUGGCGCCCCGGAUUGGAGGAGCAAGCUCGACAGCCAGCGCGGGGCCGUCGUGGCGACCGAGAUGAAAAACAACAGUGCCAAGCUCGCUCGGUGGGCUGUCCAGGCGCUCCUUGCUGGUGCGGAGAGCAUGAAGGUAGGGUAUGUGAGUCGGGUGAGUCCGAGGGAUAAUACCCGCCAUGUCGUGUUGAGUACGGCGAGUAUGAGGCCGGGGGAGUUUGCGGGCCAGUUGAAUGUCGGCGUGAGGAAUGGGUGGGGGGUCGUAAGGUGUGUGGCGGAUGUGUGUUUGGCGUUGCCGGAGGGGAAGUAUGUCCUUGUGAGGGAUCCGAAUAGGCCCGUUGUUAGGUUGUAUGCGGUGCCCAUGGGGACCUUUGUGGCAGAGGAGCAGGAGGCGCAGGACGAGCAGGAGGAUGCGACAGAGGAUGCGUAAGAUUCACGACGUGCUAGCUUCAAAAAUGUGAUUUUCUUGUGUGUAUACGGGUCCUUUCCCCAGCUUUUCUGAUUCGAAUGGUGGGGCUCAUAUUCCAUCAGGCUCGCUUAUGUAGUGCCCGACUCUUGAUUUUAUGACCCAAGUGCUUCGUGAGAGAUCGAGAGCACUUGCAGAUCUCGCAAUCUUUCUUCUGAUUCGAACUUCGUAUUUUUUUUU